AUGGCUAUGCGUGCAUCAACCACGUCGGGCGUGAAGCCAGGCUUCUCUGACCGUGUCUCCCGGCGUUCGGUGAAGCCCCGCGCCUCGUUUUCAGUGGAUGCAGUUGUCCAAGAUCGAUUCCGGAAGAUGGUGCGAUUCAAGCGUGUACUGGCUACAUACGGCUUGAUUGACUCUCAGCAAGGCACGUGGAACUUGACCGACCGCGAUGCCGUUGAUGAGCUCGUUAACAUCUUUGAGAUCAACGAAGACAGUUUCAAGUCGAUGGUGCAGCGCUCGACCGUGUGGAACUCCCGCACCAGCCGUAUCACCACGCGAGCCUCAGUAGCGUCUGCUGGGCCGGAUGCC